GUUAAAACAAUUUUUAUUGAUGGUCUUUCUGCAUCUUGGGAUGAGGAUCAUGUGCGAGAUUUACUUAAACAAUAUGGCAAGAUUGAAAAAGUUGAGCUUGCCCGUAAUAUGCCUUCAGCCAAGAGAAAGGAUUUUGGAUUUGUCUCCUUUGACACUCAUGAUGCAGCAGUUAUUUGUGUCAAAUGCAUUAAUAAUGAAGAGUUGGGGGAAGGAGAUAAGAAGGUUAAAGUUAGGGCCAGAUUAUCACGACCACUUCAGAGGGGAAGAGGGAGAUAUGGUGCACGUGAUCUGCGACCUCGACGUGGGCUGAUGCGUGGUCCCCCUGCUCCUUGGGGUCGUCCAGUCUCUCGCAGACCCCCUCUUCGUGGAUCUAGAGUUAGUACACGGGUCCCUCCCCUGGCGGAUCGUAGUUUUAAACGACCCGUCACAAUGAGGGAUAGGCGACCAUUUAUGGCUGUGGCCCCUAGGGGCAGACCUGUGGCUCCACUAUCCAGAAGGUCCUAUGACAGGAGAUCACCUGUUCCCUCAUAUACAAAGAGUAAAUUGAAGAGGGAGUACGCACGGCAUGAGGAAAUUCCUCCUCUUAGAAGCAGAGCCACAAUGGAUUAUCCUUCUAGGUUUCCUUCCGACAAACGUGUCUCCUACAGGGAUGAAUAUUCCCCUCGUAGCUCGGGAUACUCUGAUUUUCCUCGAGGUACUGCUCGCUCAACGACAAGGAGAGGUUAUGUUGAUGAUGGUUAUGAACAGCGGUUUGAAAGGCCGCCUCCUGCUUAUCGUGAGGCGCGAGUUAGGGAAUAUGACUCUAUGUCGGGCUCCAAACGACCAUACAGUGCAAUGGAUGAUGUUCCUCCUCGCUAUGCGGAGGCAGGAGCCCGCCCUUCUCGUUCUCGUUUGGAUUAUGAACUUGGUGGUGCUGGUGGCUCACAAUAUGGGGAUUACAGCGACAGCAGUAGGCUAGGGAGAUCAAAUGUUGGAUAUAGUGGCAGCCGAGGUUCCCUUUCUGGUCAGGAUUCUCAUGGAAUGUAUAGCAGUCGUCAAGGAGGCUAUGGUGGAGGCUCCUAUGACGGCAGUGGUGUCAGUGGAAUGUAUUCAUCUGGCUAUGGUGGCGAUUACAUUUCUCGUCGCAAUGAUGUUGCUGGUAGCUCUUACUCAUCAGCCUAUUCCAGCCGUAGCAUGGGUGGUAGUGGUUAUAUGGGCAGUGGUGAUUCUGGAACUUAUUACUAAGAUUUGAGUUGGACUAAGAGAUUGCAACUGGAUGUGUAUGUCUGGAAGCUCCCUUUGCAAUGAGAUCCCACCGGAAGAAGCUGGAGAUGAUCUGUUAUUUAACCUCAUUGUAUAAAUAGGGUGAGAGUAUCUUAGUUUUAGGUUGUAUUGCUCCAGAGCUUGUUGGAUUCUAUUGGAGCAUGUUGGAUUCUACUGUGGGAGAAAAGAGACUUCUGUCCUUCCUGCUGUAAGGAAAAUUGAGCUUUUAAGAGUAAACAGAUUCUAGUAUUUAAACAUGCAAUAAUUUCUUAUGGUAUCCAUGUAAGAAUUUACUGGAAUAAUAGAGGAGGUGUGCUGCAUGAUUAUUUCUAAAGCAAA